UAUAACCAUACAACUACAGCCCUCGACUUCCGAACUUUAAGACACUUAAACCCAACUUUUCUUCUACAUCCUGUGCAUUCCGAACGUCGCUCUAACGGACGUGGUACAGUACUCACGGUCUCUCAUAACAGCACAACACGCACCCCGAGCAUGUACCACCUUCCACCUAACGUGCGAACAUCUCAACAGCAACCCCCAAAUGGCCGAUCCGUUAUCGGUACUCGAGACCGAAUUUUGCCCUCCACUCGAGCCUGCAUUAGUGUACGCCAUAUACCAUGACUUCGAAGGAAGCGAAGAGCAAAUAUUGAAGCAGGCACGCGAAGUGCUAGAACCUAUCAAGGCUAAUGCACUAGCGGAGCAAUAUCUAGACUUCGACGCGUCCGGAAGUGCAACGCUAAGGCAUACAACAGAGUACACACUGUCGGACCCAGGCGGUGCAUCCACAGAGAGUGGAAUCACGACAAUUUCCAGCGGAGUCUCGUCAUCUGAUGGAACACCAGAACACGAGAGGGCUAACUUCUUUGGCGAAUUCGAACAAUUCGAUACGUCUACGAAGGAGGCCCGUCUAAGUGAAACUUUCCCUACUCUAAAUAUAUCAAAAAUCUCUUACACGUUAAAGAAGUGUGGAAACAACUUUGAGAGAGCUACGGAUGAGCUGUUGAACCAAGUUUACUUUGAGGGUACUACUGGCGAUGAACAGGUCGCAACCAAAAGCGUUGAUGCAUUCUUCGAUGAUGACGAUAUGCAAGUGCGGAGAAGGAAGAAGAAGGGAAAGAAGGCUCGCCGAGGAAAUCAAUACUUAGGUCCAAGCGCAGAUGCAUCACCUACAGCCUCGGAGGCAACACGCUCAAACAAGUGGGAGACCGGCUUGGAUGCUAUAGGAUUUAUCUCGACACGCACGAAUCUAUCACGAACUACUGUCUCAUCAGCAUAUCAUCAAGCCGGCGCGUCAGUGCCAGCAACUAUACAGGCCCUCCUUGAGGCCAACACCAAAGUCCAUGCUGAAGAUAACAUCAACACCGCUCCUGGCCUGGAAUCUGCUCUCGAGCUGGUCGACGAAUUCCAAACCAUCACUAUAUAUCAUGCCAUAGCGCUGAUCAGGCUUACCCAUCCUUCCACCGCCGCCGCCCACGAACUCGCAAAAGCUCUAACUCGCCCUUCAACCCCUCCCACAGGCGGUAUCCAAAUCGUCCAGCACUACGCGCCCAUCGACCUCUCAGAAGCCACCACACCUCUCUCACCAUCGUCCGGCUCCUCGCGCACAACAAAUCAAAGCACAUCCUCGCUCGGCUCCGCACGCUCAGCGGCCUUCCAAUCUGCCAGCUCAGCAUGGCGCAAGGGCCGCUCCGAUCCCCUAAUGCGCGCCGCUGCUGGAUACUACGGACAAGUCGGCCGCGAUUACGACUCUGCCUUCAAAGCAGCCCGUUCCGCAGAUGCAGAUUCGUUGGUGGCGACUCAGUCAACGCCUACAUCGCUGGACCUGCAUGGCGUGAGUGUUAAAGAUGCGACUCGGAUCACUCGCGAGAAGGUUACGAGCUGGUGGCACGAGCUUGGAGAUACAAAAUAUGGCCGAGGGGAGAGGCCCGGGGUUGGAAGUGGUUUUCGCGUGAUCACGGGGAAGGGUAGUCACAGUCAGGGAGGGAGGGGCAAGUUGGGGCCUGCUGUAGGUGCCAUGCUUGUGAGAGAAGGAUGGAAGGUGGAGAUUGGGAGUGGAACAUUAGUUGUCACUGGUGUUACCAAAAGGAGGUGACGCGUGAGCGAUGUUAGACGAUGAAUUGGUUGGUAUGGUGGGAUGGCUGUCUGAUAUAAUGGAAGUUGUAUAUUGGAGUAUUUGUGAGGGAAUCUUGGACGAAUCGGUUUUCCUUUUGUUUAUCAUACCUGACAUACGAGAGCCCAAUAUAGCCACCUGGUGGAGGGUAAAUAAUCUGAAGGGAUAAUUACUCUUGAUCGACCAAGAUCGCAUAGGGAAGGCUACAAGUGACUGCUCAACAUCGAACAUCCAUACUCAAACUCUGUUCAUCGACACCC